AUGCUCCAAACGCAAAGCCAGCACGUCUUCACUCACCAGCAUCAGUACCCGCAGGCUGAUGCCGCCUGGUUGCAGCAUCAACAGCAGCAGCACCAAGCCCAGCACCACCCGCACCAGGCCCAGCAGCAUUCCUCGCUGGUCACUCAGCAGCAUGCCCAGGUACAGGCCGCCGCCGCCGCCGCCCACAUAGCUCAGCAACAGCACUACUCGAGAAUCGCCAUGGCCAACCCCAGUGCCUUGAACAGUAGUGCCGCGGCGAACAACUCCACUCCGGGAGUCGGUGCUGGGGGCGUCGGCGGGGAUGGCGCGCUGUCGAGUGCGAUGUCCAUGAUCGAUGGCGGAGUCAGCGAUGAGAACCGGAAGGUCUUUAUGUGGGUUGCGGAGCUUCUCGACCCGGCUCGCAGGGAGGCUGCUUUGAUGGAGCUCAGCAAGAAGAGAGAACAGGUGCCGGAGUUGGCACUCGUCAUCUGGCAUUCUUUUGGUGUCAUGACCGCUCUGCUGCAGGAAAUUAUAUCAGUCUACCCCCUGCUGAACCCUUCACAACUUACCGCUGCGGCUUCAAAUCGGGUCUGCAAUGCUUUGGCUCUGCUACAGUGCGUAGCGUCUCACAAUGAGACUCGCACCCUCUUCUUGAAUGCUCACAUUCCUCUGUUUCUCUAUCCCUUUUUGAAUACCACAUCGAAAUCUCGGCCGUUUGAGUACCUACGUCUAACAUCGCUGGGUGUGAUCGGCGCGUUGGUCAAGAACGAUUCGUCAGACGUCAUCAACUUCCUCCUCACUACCGAGAUAAUUCCUCUCUGUCUUCGGAUCAUGGAAACCGGUUCGGAGUUGAGCAAAACAGUCGCCAUCUUCAUUGUUCAAAAGAUCCUCCUAGACGACAUUGGCUUAGCGUACAUCUGCGCGACAUAUGAGAGGUUCUACGCGGUUGGGACGGUUCUGAGCAAUAUGGUCACCCAGCUCGUUGAACAGCAGACCGUGAGACUUCUCAAACAUGUCGUGCGCUGCUUUCUUCGACUCAGCGAUAACAGCCGUGCUCGUGAGGCCCUACGCCAAUGUCUUCCUGAACCCUUACGCGAUGCCACCUUUUCAUCGGUCCUUCGCGAUGACGCAGCCACGAAGCGGUGUCUCGCCCAACUUCUCAUCAAUCUCUCCGAUAAUGUGUCCGACGGCGCAGCGGGUGUUGCUAUGUAA